CUAAUUGAAGAUCAGUUCAUAAUAUUGUAUAUUUCUCACUUUUACAUGUUUUUCGCUAUACUGAGUAAUUUUAUGAAAAAUUAUACUAUUGUGAAAUAUAUUUACUUUUAUUAAAUACAAUAUGUCAGAAAGCUUAAUUAAUUUAUCCGAAUUGAAAUUUAAAUUAAAACAAGAACUCGACGAGCCGUCUAAUCCACAGUUAGCUAUUGAUGAAUUACGUACAUUAAUUAAAGGUGAUAUAUUAUUGAAAUCAAGAAUGGAUGAUGCAUUUAUGCUUAAAUUUUUAAGAGCUAGAAAAUUUAAAGUAAAUAAAGCAUUUAAAUUGAUACAAAAUUAUUUUGAGGCAAAAGAAAAAAAUCCGAAACUAUUUGAUUUGACUAUUCCAUCCAAUUACAUAUUUUUUUUGGAAUGCGGAGCAGUUUUCAUGUUACCUCACAGGGAUCAGCAUGGUCGAGAAAUAUAUGUUUUUAGAAUGGAAAAAGUUGUAUCUGGAAUGAGCAUUGAAGAUGUUUUCAAGAUAAACUUGAUGAUUUUGGAAGUCAUAUCGGAACAUCCAGACACUCAACUUGCUGGUAUAGUCGCAAUUGCUGAUUUUACAGGUUUUAAGUGGCUAAAACAUUAUCAAUAUUUAUCACCUUACUAUGCUAAAAAGUCUGCCGAAGUUGUGCAAGAUAGUUUCCCAUUAAGGUUUCAAGGAUUUCAUUUUAUUAACGAACCAUUAUACUUAUAUACUGUAUAUUCAAUCAUCAAACCAUUUUUGAAAGAAAAAAUACGAUGUCGGGUACAUUUUCACGGAAAUAAUUUCGAUUCUUUACACAAAUAUAUAGCUCCAAGUAAAUUGCCAACAUAUUAUGGUGGUAAUUUGGAAUUUGAUCCGAUAACUUGGGUACAACAACUUUUGAGCAAAGAACAGUAUCUUAAAGAACUAGAACAAUACGGAUACAACAGAUGAUUAAUGCAGUUAUUUAAAAAUAUAUAUCUACUUACUUAUUAUUAAUUAUUAUGUAUUAAUAGUAUUAUUAUAGUUAGGUAAUACAGUAAUACGAUCGCGAGUCUCAUGUCACCUUUAGUAAAGUAUAUUUUGUAUGAAUUUGUCAAUCAAUAAUAGACCAUACAUUAAAUUAAAAUUAAAUAAUCUUAACAAAAUAACGUAUAAUA